UUCAGCUGCAAAAAAAGAUUAACUAAGGUCAGUUUGCAUCAUGCAAUACAUUCAAAUCUUCAGUUUUAAGAUACAAAAAAAACUCCACAAUAUCAAAAAUAUCUUACAGUGCUGCAAUGUGACACACAAAAAUACAUUUUAUUAAGCACAUUAACACAAAUUAUUUUCAACAAGGCACCUAAACGCUCUCAGAUGACAUUAUAGUCGCUCAAUCAUGCAAGGUAGACUCUUCUCCUCACUACCCACCCUCCCAUGUGUGUGUGUGUGUGUGUGUGUGCCCCCUUACUGCCGCUCAACCCCCUCCCACCACCAUCCAUCCACCCACCCUUACACUGACAUACAUCUGAGCAGGACCCUGCACCUUUUGUCUUGGGCUCCCUCUUUGUUAGCAGCUGGUGGACAGAGCAGCAGCCUGCAGCAGCAGCAGCAUGUACACUUUACAAUAACAGUGUAAUGACAACAUGCUGCAACAUAUCGGCCAUGUUUAUGUGUGAAUGAGGGGCAGGAUUAAUUAUGCAAAAUGUAUUGUUGGGGUUUUAUUUGAAUAAAGAUGAUAAAGGGGAGAGAGUGGUGAUAAUUAGAUGGAGGCUGUGUGUGUUUUUAAACAUAUAUUUCUAUAUUUUAUUAUGAAUGUGUUUAAAUAUUUAUUUUUAAUUCAUUGUGGUGGUUUAAAUUCUGUAUCUAUCUAUCUAUCUAUCUAUCUAUCUAUGCUGUCUGUCUGUCUUGUUUUCUGUCUGGCUGAAGUGUGAAGCAGCAUCAUCAUCAUCACCAAAGUGAACUGCAGAUAACCCCAUGACGUGGCAGACACACUAUGGAAAGCCUAUAUAAAAUUCACAGAGCCCCGCAUGUAUCUGGUGGUGGUCUGAGCCGCUGAUAAGGCUUUGCAGGGCGAUCUGACUUCAGUCUAGAUGAAGGAUGAGCUUCUCAGACAUAGACGUUGUCCAUCCUGCUGAUGCUCCCUCGUCUCAUCGUAAACUCUUGUGCACCCUCUGGUGCUUGCUAGUCUCCCAAACUUCUUUGUGUAGCCUGCUUUGCAGAUUGUCUUCCUUGUCUGUGUGGUUGCUCAUUAUUCAGAGACAGACGGAUCUCAGGUCAUCUGCAGCUGCAGCAAAGGAGAAGCAGGAAAGAUGGCGAUCAUCCAUUAGACCGACCGGGCGCACGCAUGAAAUACGAGGACAACUUUUGGGAGGAUCGCUUGAGGAGAAGAUUGUACCAGUUUCCCUGAUUUUCCAGGGAGUGCUCCCUCUUUUCAGUGAUGGAGGUAUUGCAGUGUGACGGCUGUGACUUCCGUGCCGAGUCAUAUGAUGACUUGAAGACCCACAUUCAGGAAGUGCACACAGCUUUCCUGCAGCCUGCAGAUGCAGAUGAGUCUGACUCUCUGAAGGAGGAGGAUGAGGAUGAGGAGGAGGAGGAGGAACAUGACGACAAGGAUGACAAGGAUUACACGCCUCCUAAAGCUGGAAUGAGCCCCAACUCUGCUGACAAUUCCAACCAAACACCACAAAAGCAGACAGAUGAAACCCACCUGCCAUUUUACCAGUGCAAGUUCUGUGUCCGUUACUUCAGAUCGAAGUCAUUCUUGAGAAACCACACCAAAAAAGUGCAUAACGUCAUUGAGGAAGAUUCAGAUGCAAGCAUCUCCUCGCAGACAGCGAAGCAGCCCAGCUACACCGUUAUAAUGCACAAUGACCAUUCAAAAGUCUACUCCUGUCAGUAUUGCACAUACAAGUCUCCACGCAAAGCAAGGAUAAUGAAACACCAACUAAUGUAUCAUAACAAGGGUCCCUCAGACGGCGCUGAAGAUCCUUCAGAAUACGCAGAGACCGGAGAGCAAUCGGGCUCAGCCAGUGGACUCAUGAAGGGAACAUUUGCCUGCGAGUGGUGUGACUAUCAGACUGACCAGAAGGACAGCUGGACUAAUCACGUGGUGAAGGAACACAGUGACAAGGUCAAGAUAGUUUCCUGCAUUGCAGAGCUGGAAGGGGAGGCAAGUGCAAGCUCACCCAAUAUAGAUUCUCCCUCCGCCUCCCAAAGCCCAACUAGAUCAAAGACGACUUUCACUGAGGUUCAAGGGAAGGAAGAGCCAGUAGGAAAAACAGCAGAAAACACGUCGGAGAAGUCACUCCCAGAGCUCUCAUCCUUUCAGUAUGCACAGAUGAGUGCAGUCACACCCAACAGCACAGGUACCUCCAUUUUGUCCAAGAGGUUCACUUCGUCUGACGUCUCCAAGAGCGUCGUAGAUAUGGAUGCCAAGCUACUCAAUGAGGAGGACUCUAGGAGCAGCUUAGAGGAUGAUGAUGAAGAAGAGUUGGGCGAUAUAGAUGAUCCCAGCUAUACUGGGACACUGUCAGCAGAUGCAAAGCAGCUUUUAACUGAUGAGGAUAAUAAAUUACUGGAGACUAAAGGAAUACCGUUCAGAAAGUACAUGAACCGUUUUCAGUGCCCGUUCUGCUCCUUCCUCACCAUGCACAGGCGGAGCAUCUCCCGCCACAUUGAAAACAUUCACCUCUCUGGUAAAACCACAGUGUAUAAAUGUGAUGAAUGCCCAUUUAUUUGCACCAGCCCUCUUAAACUAGGCACGCACAAACAGAGCCACAUAUCCUCAGAUUUAGACACCCUGGACCUAACAAGCGAUAGUCCAGAUCCUCACAAUGACAAUGCUGCAGAGCCAGUGAAUGGGGGUAGUGUAAGUUCCAAAGUCAAUGGAAAAAAGACAACCAGCACACCAAACGACCAGCAGAACCCUCAUCGCUGCACGCUCUGCAGCUUCUCUACCACCACUCUGAAAGGUCUGAGGGUUCACCAGCAGCAUAAGCAUUCCUACUGUGAUGACCUAGAUCCCACUGUCUUUGAAAGCCAGCUGACUGACCAGCCGGAUUCUGAAGUGGAAGCUUCUCCAAUCUUUCUACAAAAAACCCAGACCUCCAUUUUAGGACUUGCCACCAAAAAGCCCUCAGUAACAGGGAAAAGAGCCAGGAAGUCCAUUAAUGACUUACCUUUGGAUUUGUCCUCGGUUAAGAAGAGAACUAGAAUUGAUGAAAUUGCCAGUAACCUUCAAAGUAAGAUAAGCCAAAGCCAACAGGAUAUGAUCAUAAACCUAGAUGACAUGGAUGAUGAAGAUGCAGGAGAAAAUCAUGCCAGUGCUGAUACAGAGGGUAGAAACCAUGACAAUAAAAACCCUGUCUUUACUUAUAAUACACAACAGCUUCAUGCGAGAGAAUCAGUGAUCUCUCACGAGGGAGGCAGAAUAGGGAAAAGAAAAAGCAACCCUAAGUCAAAACCUAGAAACAUUCCUAUAUCCUUGACUCUCUCAGAUGACAGUGAAAACAUCUCUGCUGACCCCAGUGAUAAUGCUGUCCAAGAGAACGCAGAUUAUUCAGAGGAGCCAGGAACUACACGUUUUUACUGUAAACACUGUGAUUACCACAACAAGUCAGCUCGUAGCGUCAGCACCCAUUACCAGAGGAUGCACCCUUACAUCAAGUUCAGCUUUAAGUACAUCCUGGACCCAGAGGACCAGAGUGCAGUCUUCCGCUGCUUAGAGUGCUACAUCGAAUACACAAAUUAUAAUGAUCUACACCAACACUACAUGGAUCAUCACCCUGAAGCAAGCAAUGUGCUCAACUUUAACCAACCGAAUCUGGUUUACAUGUGCCGCUUUUGUUCGUACACGAGCCCCAACGUCAGGAGCCUGAUGCCCCAUUACCAAAGAAUGCAUCCUACUGUGAAAAUCAACAAUGCGAUGAUCUUCUCCAGCUAUGUGGUUGAGCAGUCCCACAAAUCGGGGGAGUCGCAGACCCUGAGGGAAAUAUUAAACUCUGGCCCCAAGAAUUUGAACUCAGCCACAUCAACCCCCAGGUCCUCCUCCAGCCCAGUGCCGAAACCGGUCUCCAAGACCCCUGAAGCCAGCUCUGAGACAGACUCUCUCAAAGAAUCCAUUGGUGGCAAUGUUGUCGUCUAUGAUUGUGAUGUGUGUUCUUUUGCUAGCCCCAACAUGCACUCUGUUUUGGUCCACUAUCAGAAGAAACACCCAGAGCAAAAGGCGUCUUAUUUCCGUAUACAGAAAACCAUGAAGGUCAUCUCUGUGGAUCAGUCGCAGCCUGUUGCAAACUCCUCAUUCAACCUUAGCAUGGCAACUCCUCCAAAACAACCAAGCGCGGCACUGUAUGGAUCAGAUGAAGAAAUGUACUACUGUAAACAUUGUGUGUACAGCAACAGAUCUGUUGUUGGUGUGUUGGUCCAUUAUCAAAAGAGACACCCAGAGGUAAAAGUGACAGCAAAAUAUAUCAAACAUGGUGCCCCCACCCCUGGUUUGAUGAAAUUAAUGGAUGAAUUACAAAUUGCAGCUCCGAAACAGUUCUUGAAGCAAUUUCAAAAUAACGGUCACGAUGGAUCUAACAGCACGAGCCCUAAACCAGGCAGUGGUGAGAAAGGUGAGGAUGAGCUGUUCUUCUGUCAGCACUGUGAUUAUGGCAACCGCACUGUAAAAGGAGUGCUCAUUCAUUACCAGAAGAAGCAUAGGGAAACCAAGGCCAACGCUGACCUUGUGCGUCGUCACACUGCAGUUGUCCGGAGCCAGCGUGAGCGUGCACAGAUGGUUCAGUCGAGUAGCGUCUCUUCUGCCUUGACCCCGGCCCCUCCAGACCCUGAAAACACUACGCCCCUGCGCUCCUUGAAGUGCAAACACUGUUCCUACACAUCCCCCUACGUCUAUGCCCUAAAGAAGCAUUUGAAGAAAGAGCACCCAACUGUGAAAGCCACAGCCAUGACCAUUUUACACUGGGCUUACCAAGAUGGCAUUUUGGAGGCUGGCUACCACUGUGAGUGGUGCAUUUACUCCCACGCUGAACCCCAGGGCCUGCUGCUCCAUUACCAAAGACGCCAUCCUGAGCACAAUGUGGAUUACACAUACAUGGCCAGCAAACUGUGGGCUGGUCCAGAGACCACCCAACAAGGGGGCAAUAUGGAAACGAAACAUUACAAAUGCAGAGACUGUGCCUUUGAGGCCUGCACAAUAUGGGACAUCACUAGUCACUAUCAGGCAGUCCACCCUUGGGCCAUUAAAGGGGAUGAAUCUGUGCUUUUGGAUAUAAUCAAAGGAAAUGGCUCAGCUGAAAAGAUCCAACAGCAGGUUGCCAAAGAACACGUGUCUUUCAAUUGCCAGUCUGUCGAAGAUGAUGGAGCGCUGGUCAUUGUCACCCCAUCUCAAGAGAGCAAUCCCCAUCCUACCCACCCACGUCUUUCCAUCUCUAACAACCCUUAUCAGUGCACUGUAUGUCUGUCAGAGUACAACAGCCUCCAUGGCCUCCUCACUCACUAUGGAAAGAAACACCCGGGCAUGAAAGUAAAAGCUGCAGAUUUUGCACAGGAGGCAGACAUCAACCCCAGUUCUGUGUAUAAAUGUCGUCAUUGUCCAUAUGUAAACUCCCGAAUCCACGGCGUCCUGACUCACUAUCAGAAGAGACACCCAUUAGUGAAAGUCACUGCAGAAGACUUUGCGGAUGAUAUAGAGCAUAUCACCGACAUAAACGAAGCAGACGACAAGUGCAAAACUCAAAGGCAAGGCUAUGGCGCAUACAGAUGCAAAAUGUGUCCGUACACGCAUGGGACACUGGAGAAACUCAAAAUCCAUUAUGAGAAAUAUCACAAUCAGUCGGCCUCUGACAUGUUCGCCCCCUCUCUGACACACUUCUCUCCCGCUAAAGACACAGAGCCAGUAGCCGAAUGCAGCGCUGGUAAUAUAUCAAGCGCAGCAAAAGUCCAGGAGGUCAGUGAAUUGGACCUUGCCCUCUCUCAGUUACCCAUCAAUAAGGCAGAGAAACAUGCUAUAUUCAAGUGUCAGCUCUGCAAAUACUUCUGCUCCACAAGGAAAGGCAUCGCUCGUCACUACCGUAUCAAGCACAACAACGUCCGUGCUCAGCCAGAGGGUAAAAACAAUGUCUUCAAGUGUGCUCUGUGUUCAUACACGAACCCUAUACGCAAAGGUCUGGCAGCACAUUACCAGAAGCGGCAUGAUAUUGACGCCUAUUACACCCAUUGUCUGGCUGCUUCCAAGACAAUGACCGAAAAGCCUAGCAAAGUGAUAGCACAGCCGCCGUCAGAAGGGGACAGUUCAGAAAUGAGCGAAGACUUGCGCUUGGCAGUGGAGAGACGAAGGUGCUCUCUUUGCGCCUUCCAGGCCUUCAGCAGGAAGAGCAUUGUCUCACACUACAUUAAACGCCACCCAGGUGUCUUCCCCAAGAAGCAGCACGCUAGCAAGCUUGGUCGCUACUUUACCGUUAUCUAUGCCAAAGAACCCGAGAAGAUAGCAGUCAGCGCACUGGCAGAGGAUGACAAGGAUGUACUGGAGGUUCAGCUUGAACCCGAGGAGGACAGAGAGGCUGAGUGGCUGCCGUUCAAGUGUCUGAAAUGCUUCCGGUUGUCCUUCAGCACAGGCGCGCUGCUCUCUAUGCACUACAACGACCACCAUAGCAAUGACUUGAAGAGGGACUUUGUGGUGUCGCCCGGUCCCGGGGAUGAGGAGUCCGAGAUGUACCAGUGUUCUCACUGUGAGCUGAAGUUCCUUGCUCUCCCAGUUCUGGCGAAACAUCUAUUCAACCACAAUGAGGAGUUCCAGAAGAGGGCCAUGAGGCAGGAGAGGAGGAGGCAGCUGCUCAGCAAACAGAAAGCCUCAGAACUACCUGAGACCAAACCUGAGAAGGAAAGUCCUGUAAAUAAAGCUCCCAUAGGAUUCAGGUGUAACUUCUGCAUAGAAAUGCACCCCACCCUCCGAGCCAUCUGCAACCACCUUAGGAAGCACGUCCAGUAUGGAGAGGUCAAAGAGGGACACGUCAAGCAGGAAGUCAGCGACAUCCCCCUGACCCUGCCUUCAGAGAGCCUGACUAAUGGCGACCUCGAGGGGGAUGAAGCAGCUGAAGGUGACAGCCUCGAGAGACCCGCAGCUACGAUGAUGGGUCCACCCUUGGUUUCCACAGUGUCUGGUGGUGGAGGGGGAGGUGGAGGUGGUGGUGGUGGUGGUGGUGGUGUUGCCGUUGCCGCGGAGACACUGGAACCAGAAACGCAUGCCGUUGAAGGAAGGGCAGCGGCUCUCGUGGCUGCAGCGAGGGCCGCGGUGUCAGAGGGCGAACUGAAGCAGAGAUUAGCUGCAGGGGGUCACCCGUGCGCCCAGUGCGACCGAGUCUUCAUGUCCAUGCAGGGACUGAGGUCCCAUGAGAGGAGCCACUCAGCCAUGGCGCUGUUCAGCAGAGAAGACAAAUACAGCUGCCAGUACUGCCAGUUCGUCUCACCUUUCAGACACAAUCUGGACAGACAUGUGCAGUCUCACCACGGGCACCACAAGCCCUUCAAGUGCAAACUCUGCCCCUUUAAAUCUGCCUACGUGAGCCGCUUGAAGAGCCACCUGCACAAGGCACACACAGGUGAGCAGCACACAUACAAGUGCUUGUCGUGCCCCUUCUCCUCCAUGACCAUCAGCCAGCUGAAGGAGCACUCUCUGAGAGACCACGGUGAGGCACUGACCCUCCCCAAACUCCGGGCUGCUACCCAGGCUGCUCAUGGUGCCCUCAGGCCCUCACGGCUGGCCAGUAACACAGAGCAGACUCCCUUGGCCCCGGAUGAUCCUUCAUACCUGGAGCCAGCGGAUGUUCGUCAGCAGCUUAGUCAUUACCAGCUGGCCUCCCGCAGUCAAAUGUCUUCCGGCUCAACACCUGGCAGCUCAACAGUGGCUGAUAAUCGACCAGACAGCGUCCUCACUUGUGAGUUCUGUGAGUUCAGCUCUGGAUACAUGCAGAGCCUGCGUCGACACUACAGGGACCGCCACGGUGGCAAGAAGCUCUUCAAGUGCAAAGACUGUUCCUUUUUCACCUGCUACAAGAAUACCUUCACCAUGCAUGUGGAGGCCGGUCACAACAACAACGUACCUGAGGACGUCCCGAAAGACCUGCGCUGCCCUCUCUGUCUCUACCACACCAAACACAAGAGCAAUAUGAUUGACCACAUUGUCCUGCACAGAGAGGAGCGCGUGGCUCCACUGGAGGUCAGCCGCUCCAAGCUGUCACGCCACCUGCAGGGCCUCGUGUUCCGUUGCCACAAAUGCACCUUCACAUGCUCCAGUGACCAGGCUCUGCAGCUGCACCUGCAGAAGCACGCUGAGAUCAAACCCUACCAGUGCCAGCUCUGCUAUUACGACAGCAGUCAGCGGAGCCAGCUAGAGGAGCAUCUACGCAUUGAGCACAAGGUUAUCCGGAACUUUGAGCUGAUGGGCCGCGUCAACCUGGACCAGCUGGAGAUGAUAAAGGAACAUGAGAGCAGCGCAGACGAGGACGAAGAAAGACAACUCAUGGAGAUGGUUGUAGAUGGAAAAGUAGCUGCAGACGAGGAGGAGGAGGAGGAGGAGGAGGGGGAGGAGGAGGAUGAAGAUGAAGGAAUGGAGAUUAUGGAGAACAUGGUGGAGGAGCAGAGGGAGAUGGAUGAUGAAGAGAUAGAGGACAACAUCAAAGAGGAGGAGGAGGAGGACGAGGAGGAGGAGGAAGAGGAUGAAGAGGUAGUCAGGGCGGUGGAGGAGGAGAAGCCUGUCCUACAAGAGGUCCUUGCAUCUCCCAUCUGCAGCAGCAACAGCAGCAGCUCUGCGCCGAGCGGUACAGAGAAGCGUCUUCCCUGUGAGUUCUGCGGCCGCUGCUUCACCAACAGCCUCGAGUGGGAACGUCAUGUUCUUCGACAUGGCAUGAUGGUUAACAACAGCCGAAUGGACACCAGCACCACCUCCGCAAUCGAGGCCUCAGCUUCAUCUUCCACUGGCUCCUCUGUCUUGAUGGACACAGGAUUGGACCUGUCCAGCCACAGCAACGAGGAGGGGAACCCCGCUGAUCUAUCACUGAGAAGUCCCAGCCAGUAUGUGGAAGACAAAGAAAUGCUCGACACCAAAAAGGAUCAACAGUUUGGCUGAACUGAUUGUGGCCUCUUGAGAUGUUGUGCCAGAAACUGUUAACAUUGGGUAGGAUCAGCACUGAGUUUAAAUAGGACGUCAGAGAAAACAAAAAGAAACUGAAAAAAAGUGACUUCUUAUGAGUUGGCGCAUUACUAGAUAUUAGGUGUUACAUAUUUAAGUAUUAGAUUGUGCUGCAUAAAACGGCUGAGCUCUCUAAAUGGGCAGUCCCCUAGGACAGAUCUUAAUAUAUUGGUAACCAAUAGUGAACAGAACUCUUUAUUGCUGACAUUCUGGUCAAAUCUACAGUGAAAGAUCCCACCUAGAUGAAACGAAGCUAUUUAUAAAGAAUAAUGUCCAAAAUGAAUAACUAAAUUUAGUAUUUUAUUAUUUGAAGCACCUUUUACACUCCCCCCAAAACAGGGGUACUGUAAAUUUACCCAAAAGAACAAAUAGGAUAUGAAAGCAUUUAAAAACCGUGGCCCACUGUAGAGCUACAUUUUCUCAUUUCUUGUUGAAAUUUGAGACUUUUUUCAUCUUAGCCUUGUGUUAAAUGUGUAGAAGUAUUCCUUCAGAAGAGUCGCACCUUAUCUAUUUUAGUAAAACCACAAAUCAUGUUUUCUUCAUUCAUAGAGAUACUGAAAAUUUCCCCCGAUGUUUGUAGCAAAUUGCUAUAUUUUAGGUCCUUUAAUAAUAUUAUACUACGUAUAAGCCUUCAGCCUGUGGCACCCUUUGCAUUCUGACUGUACUAUUUUAUUGUCCAGUAAUUUCACUGAUGAAACCAUGGAAAUAAUGGGAUUGGUUUAAAUCUCCCGCCCCCCCUGUAAGAUAUCAUGUUUGUAGUCCAGGUUAAACUAUAUCACAGUUAACCUGUGCACUCAGCAGAUCAAUAUAACAAUGAGAUAUGUUCGAAGUGUCAUGACUGUAUCCAUGUGAUAUAGGUAUCCGUUAAGCUGAGCACAGCAAGAACGCAACUACAGGAUUUAACAACAGUGGCGUAAUAUUUGUCAUCAUCAAAAGAAGGAGAUUACACUUGUCUUUUCAGUGCAAAACUAUUAAUGAGAUGUGCCAGAAUCCGGCUUUUUUCAACACCGUAUGUGCAUCCACAAAUAACAAUUAAAUGCAAAGUUUGGAGGAGGCUGACCCACAUGGAUGAGUGUUGCAGCUAGUGCGUAAGUGCCUUAAAAUGCAGUUCCUUUUGGGCGCCCCUGUAGCUUACUGGGUAGAGCACGUACCAUUAAGGCUGAGUCCUUACGGCAGUGUGCAUGUCAUCCCCUCUUUCCCCUGCCUAUCUUAUCAAAUAAAGUAGAAAUGCCCCCGCCCCCCCCCCCCCCAAAAAAAAACUUUAAAAAAUGCAGUUCCUCUAAUGGCCACUAGAUGGCUUUAAUUGCUUUGAAAGAAAAACAUCAGCUGAUUUGAAGUAACUUGGAAAUCAUCCCCAAUCUCUCUCUUGAAAUAUAAAGUUUAUUCCGUUACUUAUUGUGUGUUCAGGUGUUUCACAACACCUUGCUGUGAACAUGAAGGCAUUUGCAGGUGUUCAUGAGACCGUACGCAAAGGCACAGGAGGUGUGGCCGACGCACCCAUUUGUUGUGGUCUGAGGUGCUUUUUCUCUAGUGCAACAUUUAAUUGUUCCAAAUGUCAUCAAUAGAGCCGUCAGUCCACAACCCAGUCACCAACAUAAAUGUUGGCGUUGUACAUUUCCGCAAACCAAGAUUAUGCUAAAUUUAUAUCUUUCAUAUGUAGCGGAAAUGUUGAAACUUUUCAUUUCUUUGCAUUUCAGUUUUCAGUUUUAUGUUGUGACAACGCUGGUACACGUGGUUACCUGUAAGUUUAGGCACAAAAAACACUUGGUUAGGGCGAGGAAAACAUCCUUUCUUUUUUCGUAAAAUACCCGACAUGGUCACUCUCGUCAACAAACACUUGUUUUUGUAGGUCUUGAACAGUAGUCUGCUGCUAUCUGCUGCUCUUAGCUCAUAUACAUGUAAACUGAUCUACGACACACGUAUAAAACAUGCAAACGUGUCAUAUCCAUGGUUUUAAGAUAUAUAAAUACAUUCUCACCAACCUCUGGUGGUGUUUAGCCUUGUAGAUAUCUUUGGUUUAUUUGCCAAGGUUUAAAGAUAUCCGUUUCGGAGAUUUCUGCUGAUCCAAUAGAAGCGGGUGGAAUUUAAUCGGUUCUUCUCACAGCAUUUUAAGAAAAAUGAGCAGUUUUCAUUUGGACCUCUAUCAACCAGAUAAUAGUCUCUAUGAAAACUGUGUUUGCUGAGUGCUCUAUGUUAUCUGGAGUGAAAGGGUGAUGCUCUUUAUGGAAAGAAAUGCUGCUAAGUGUGUUUUUUUUUAAUGCUGUGACCACCACAGAUGAAAUUCCAUGCUAAGCUGCAUAUAAGUGGAGCCAUGUUUGCUUGAUUGACAGAUGUCUCUGCCUUUCACAGUCAGCCCUAGUGAUUACCUCAACUUCAUCCAGGUCUCUCCACAUCGGCCAAAUUUGGAUUUUAGGCUCCAAAUGACUGACAGGCUGGCAUGAAGCAUUAAACUCAAACCUUGGCUUCAAGACGUCCCUUCAGAAACUUAUGGCUGAUGCCACAGACAUGUUUUCCUACAGUUUGUGGUCCAGUUUUGACGUGAUGGGAUAUACUGAAAAGACAAGUGUAACCAAGUCGGAAAGCCCUAAAACCAUUUGUUUCCACGUAAUCAGACGAUAUUUGCCACUGGGACUGUAUGUAGAAGAUUGACUUUUUAAGGGUGUCAAAUUCCCCAACGUAAACCCCUUUAAAUUCCGUACUGACACACCUGUCAUAGCCUGCAUAUGUGUGCUUCGUUUUUAGACAAUGCUGUCAUGUUAUUGUUGAUACUGACAAAAGGCAGAGAUUGUAUUUGUUGGAAGUUGCUGCUUGAAUGCCCGAAAGCCUUAUAAGAUAAUGAAAUAGCAAUUAAAUCAAAUUUAUGUCCCAAUUCCUAUAAGACCAAUAAGCAACAUUAAACAAUCUGAGAUAAAAUGGCUGAUUACUGCAAUUUGUAGAGGAGCACAAUUCAUGUAAUUGUGUUCUUGGUACCAAAAUAUUUACCUAGCCCGCUGUGUUUGCUGCUGUGAUUGUCCUUCCUGAGCAUUGAAUCAUUGAUGGAAAUGGGAAAAUUUGGGUUCAGAACCCAUGUGAACCACAUGUUUGCAGCCAUGUAUAGAAAACAAAAACUACUCGUUAAGUGUUUGACCCGUGGUGUUUCAGAAAGGAUACUUUAACCCUUUUUUCCUUUAGGUGUUCUCAUUUUAAAAAAAGACGAAAAAAAAAUCUAAAGAUGAUAGCUAACCCUUAGGGGCUUUUUGAGUCCCCAAUCCAACAUUAUUACGCUGUUGUACAAUGUCUGGUUACAAUGAAAAAUAUCUCCUUUUUUGUACUGUAAUGGGAAUGAGCAGAUAGGAAGAGCAGUGUGGUUGUACAAUAUUUUAACACGUAAAGGAAAAUGACGCAGUUCUCUACUAAUUAAUGGCCAGGGCUUUUAUUGUGAAGAAGAAAAACAUGGCAAAGACAGAAAAUUGUUCCUUUGGGGGCAUUUACCUAAACUGCUUGGUCCUUUUCUGGGCUUGGCCACCAACCUAUAGAUCCCUCUGAGAUCUAGCUCACUCAUGUCCAAUCCAACACCUGACACUCCAGUAUUUUCUAUCCAUGACCAGUAAGGGCAUCAGCUGCCCAUAGUCUACCCAGUCAACAAGAGGUGGGAAUGUAGCAGCCCCACGAUGCUCCUCAGUCCUUGUAAUACCUUGAGAAAUCGGUUGAGUUGGUGCUGAAUCUCGAAGCCCUUUUUCUGUUCUUCAGGACCAGCUUGUAGCUUUUUGAAAGUAAAACUGUUUGAAAACUGUUGUUGUAGAAAUAAGCUUUGUAAGGCAGCUCGUUGCCCAGCUAGAAAGCCCAGUGUAAACCACAUGAUGAAUUGGGACAAUCUGGGUAAUGAAGCUGUCAACCCAAAAUUGUUUGUUGUUCUGUGAUCAUUUUAAUAGAAAAUGACUAUGAAUCCCUCACUGUGUGCAGUCCCUGGACUGUGAUAUUCCCAGUUUACCCAAAGUUAAGCCCCUGCUGACAACACACUGGAUACUUGUAUAUAUGUUUAGUUUGUUUCCGAUGCAUUUCUCUUUUCGGACUGUUGUCUCCAUAGUUUGACACUAGAAUCUCUCCUUCUUGCCUUUCUUCCCAUAUAAAUCUGAUUACCUGAUGGUGGGUUGUGAUGUUGCCUAGAAUGAUUGUUUACAAUUUUAUUCCAUUUAUCUCUGGAUAUUCUGUAAAUAUUGUAAUUCAUUGUCUUUUUUUAACUUGAUAAUAAAGUUAUCAGAUAACGGUU